GGCCGGGGUGGGCCUGGGCAUGGCAGAGGCAGCAUGGGGGGGCUACUGCCCGCCGCCCUGGCUGAGCGGCUCCUGAGCCUGUGCCGGCAGCCGCUGGGCUCCCUCUGGGCCAGCCUCACCGGCCUGCUCUGCUGGAUGCGGGCAGCCUUCCUGGGGCUGGGUGCUGAGGAGGCUCGCCCCCGAGGGAGGGGAGACCCCUGGGGGGGGACCCAGGAGGAGGAGGAGGAGGAGGAGGAGGAGGAGGGAGAAGGGGCUCUGCCUUUGAUCCCCACCAGUGUCAACUACCACUUCACCCGCCAGUGCAACUACCAAUGUGGAUUCUGCUUCCACACCGCUAAGACGUCCUUUGUGCUGCCCCUGGAGGAGGCCAAGAGAGGGCUGCAGCUGCUGAGGGAGGCCGGCAUGGAGAAGAUCAACUUCUCGGGAGGGGAGCCCUUCAUCCAUGACCGAGGCCGCUACCUGGGCGAGCUGGUGAGGUUCUGCAAGGCGGAGCUGGGCCUGCCCAGCGUGAGCAUCGUGAGCAACGGCAGCCUGGUCCGGGAGCGGUGGUUCAAGGACUACGGUGACUAUCUGGACAUCCUGGCCAUCUCCUGUGACAGUUUCGAGGAGCAAGUCAACGUCCUUAUUGGCCGUGGUCAGGGGAAGAAGAACCAUGUGGAAAAUCUUCAAAAGCUGAGGAUGUGGUGCAAAGAUUACAGAGUGGCUUUCAAGAUCAACUCUGUCAUUAAUCGAUUUAAUGUGGAAGAAGACAUGAAUGAACAAAUAAGAGCCCUGAACCCUGUCCGCUGGAAGGUCUUCCAGUGCCUCUUAAUUGAGGGCGAAAACUCUGGACAGGAUGCGCUGAGAGAGGCGGAAAGGUUUGUCAUCAGCGAUGAAGAGUUUGAGGAAUUCUUGGAGCGCCACAAAGACGUGCCCUGCUUGGUGCCUGAGUCUAACCAGAAGAUGAAGGACUCCUACCUCAUUUUGGAUGAAUAUAUGCGUUUUCUGAACUGCAGACAUGGACGCAAGGACCCUUCCAAGUCCAUCCUGGAUGUGGGGGUGGAAGAAGCGAUCCAGUUCAGCGGCUUCGAUGAGAAGAUGUUUCUCAAGCGAGGAGGGAAGUACGUGUGGAGCAAGGCAGACUUGAAGUUGGACUGGUGACGUGGGGAGGGGACGGGACGCCAGCCUCUGGCGGAGAGAGGCCAAGGGCGGCUCCGUCUUCCUGGC